UGGACGACGAUGGCGGCGCUGGCGAACUCUCGCCAGGGUCGCACGCAUCGAAAACGAGUCUCCGCUCUACGGCUCUCUUCCGACACGACCAACACUCUCCCCGAAUAUUGGAGAGAUUUAGUCCCCCCGCCAGAAUAUGAGCCCGACGAUGUAGAGGCCGAUGCAGAGAACGAUACCGACUCGGAGCCAGCCCCAUCUCAUUAUAUACCCCCUGCCCCCCCAAUAUCCCCUCGACGGAGGCUUCAGCAUCGCCGCCGACCAUCAAGCCCACAGGACGCUUUUAUUGACUCUCUUCUGGAACGGAGUGUGCAUGCCCUAGAGCUUUCAAAUGCGCUUCUGCAAUCGUCAAUAACCCCGACGACGUCUACAUUGCGCGAAUCUUCACCUACAGCCAGCGCGGCAGCAGCCCCCAUUCCCAUGCCACCAUCCCGCAAUGAGGCCUGGGCAGACGAUCUUGCCAAGAUUGCUCACGAUGUUGACGAGCUUCUAGUCAGCUCUUCCCUCCCUCCCGCUUCAUCGCCAAUAGCUCACCGCCGUCCUCGAAGAAGACCGUCUCUUGACACAGACACAUCAUCCAGACGGACUUCUUACCUCUCUGCCUCGACUUCCACCUCCGACAAUGGCUUGCAAAUGGCACUACCCAGUCGUGCGCGGUUUAUUGCACCAGCCCCUCGCGCUCUUACCCAGUACAUUGAUGCGGAUACAACAAUAUCGGAUGAUUCUAUAGCUUUACCGUCAACCCUCGGCCUUCGCGCUGCCCCAAGCGACUGGCGGAUUACUGGUCUUCCUUCAGAAUCCAAACCGGUUGUUUCAACAUCUACAAGGUCGCCGGAACCAUCGACGCCAGCAUAUCAGAUGCUGAGCUCUUUUGUCCAUCCGCCGCACUCAACUUCGCCCAAGCUUGCGGUUUCUCGCAGCUCUUCACGUGGAAGAGCGGUCACUCGUGGCUCUCGUUCAUCUUCAAGAGCUGGUUCUCACACGCCGCAUCGGACCGAAGUACCCGAGGUCGAGUCAUCAACAUCUCCACUGCUUUCAACCCCCGGAACCGUUAGUUCUUGGUUCAGCUCCGUACAUAAUGGACCCAAACCUGAUUCCAUGCCUGCUUCCCCACCAACAUCCAGUUCAUUUACAACUCACUCAAACCUCAGCGCCAGCAUCAUUGCGCAAUUACCACCUGAGAAUUUAGGGCAUUCGCCGCAAUCUUCGGAUGAUGGCGGUGAUAUGGGUGCGGAUGGAUGUCGAGCGAAGGAGGCCAGGAGCGCAUUGAGGCGGAUUUUAGAAGAGGCUCCCCCGCCUCCACGUCCACCUGCGAAGAAAUUUCAGCCUAGAUCACCGCCACCGGUUCCACAUGCGGCAUCAUCCACGGCUACUGCAUCUGUGUCGCGACUUUUCAGCAAAGGUGGCCGACAUAGUGUGAGCACGCCGCCAGAGCGUGUUGUCAGCAUUAUGAAGCGGUCAAGUGCUCCUAGCACCCCUAUUGUUGCAGAGAACGAUAAAGGCGAGGGCACGAGUAAAGGCCUGGGGAGCGUGUUUUGGAUGGGACACGCGAGUAAACCGUCGAGUGGGACGUCGACACCCCGGAGCGCGAAGCGAAUCAGUUUUGCGGAGUUGCCGGAGAGUUAUACUGGGUCUAAACCGGGUGGCUCGUCGAUAUCGAAAAGCAAGUCACGGAAGACGCGGAACAAGUCAAAAACUCGGGCCGGCCGGAAGGGCAAGGGCCGGGCGGAUGACGAGGGCAGCGAGGAGGGGGAGAAGGAAGAGGGGUGGCUGUCGUGGUUGGUGGGCGGGUCGGCGUUGGGACUGGGGCUUGGUUUGGGACCGGGAUAUGUCGAUGACCGGGAAAGGACGAUUGGAGGGACGGGUGUGAGUGCGAGAGCAAUGUGGGGCGGGGCGUCAGGUGGGUUGAGUCGGAGCGCGAGCGACGAAUGGGCGGUUUAG